CUCGGGAGACACGCACUAUGCUGGAGACUGUUUGAAGCCGCGAUGGGAGUUAACGCAUCCAAGUUUCUAGACUUCUUGUUCUUACCAGCGUCGUUGCACUAAACAAAGACUUUGGGUUUCUGUUGUUUUCUCUCUCGCUCGCUCGCUCUCUCUAAGGGGAGGUUGUCUGCAUUUCUGUCCUAGGCGUUUCUUGCACAGGAUGUUGAUGAUAUUGGAAAGCCGGGUAAGAUCAUAAAGUCAGUUCUCUCUGAUGAGAACGACCUCCUCCUCUCCACCACCACCACCACCACCACUACACAAAGGGAACCACGGAACAAGUACUUUUUCUUUCCCUCUCACGGCAUCAUUUUUAUUUGAUUUUUGUGAAUGUCAUUAAGAAGCAGAGGGGGCUCUUUCAAAGACAAAAUGGAUCACUUUGCAGCAGAGUGCCUUGUUUCAAUGUCCAGUCGUGCAAUUGUUCAUGCUCCUAAAGGGAAUAGGGAGAUUAAACCAGAAAUCCCAUCCUCCUCCAAGAACGGGGAGGAAAUUAAGGAGCCUUUGGUGAAGGAUAACUCCUCUCUUUUUGUGGUGGCGCGGAUUCUGGCGGAUUUUAACCAGCAGACUCCCAACAGUGUUGCCGAGCAGGCAAAAAUAAAGGAUGAGAGCAUGCCGAACCUUAGAGAUGAUGGAAAAUCUGCCACACCUUCCACCAUCUCCGAUCCUUCGCUCAAACAAAGAGGCAAAAAACCGAGAGGUCGAACUGAGCAAGAGCCGCCUCAGAAAAAGCACAAAUGCCACUAUUCAGGUUGUGAAAAAGUUUAUGGCAAAUCAUCCCACCUCAAAGCCCACCUAAGGACACACACAGGAGAACGGCCUUUCCCAUGCACCUGGCCCGACUGCAUUAAGAAGUUCGCUCGCUCUGAUGAGCUGGCCCGCCACUACCGCACCCACACGGGGGAGAAGAAGUUCGGUUGCCCCCUUUGCGAAAAGCGCUUCAUGCGCAGCGACCACCUGAUGAAGCACGCCCGGCGACACUCAGAUUUCCAGCCAGGAAUGCUGAAAAGACCCCACGGCGGCAGCGCCACACGUCCCAGCUCCCUCAGCGACUACAGCCGCUCAGAUGCCUCCAGCCCCACCCUCAGCCCAGCCAACUCGCCUUAAACUGAAACCCGGUCGCACUUUUCUGCCUCGAGACUGUGAGGCCCGUGUUUUCAUCAUAACACUUUUGUUGCACAGUUGUCAGCUACCCCCCUUCCCCACCCUCCCCUUUGCUAUUUCUGCGCUUGCUGUGGUGUACCAUAAUGUACAUAACUGCUUAUUGUAGUGCAAUUACUUGCGUGAUCCUAAAAGAAGAUAAUGCCUUUCCCAGAUGGCAAUAUCUGCAUUCAGUCUGUGUGUUUUUUUUUGGGCUUCUGAUCACGGCUACUUGUUAAAUGUACGGUCGCAGUCAGCUAAACAAGGUCUAGAAGAAGAAAAAAAAACAGACACCCUGACAGAUCUUUGAAACAUUUUUGUUUUGUUUGUUUGUUUAUUUUUGCUUUGAUUUUAUUCAAUUUAUUUUUGAUUUUUUGAAAGGGUUAGGAGAAGGGGUACACACACACACACACACCUCAGGAUUGAAGACAGUUGUGAUUUCUGUAAGACCACAGUACUUAACAGUACUCACAUUGACUGCACAAUAUACUCAUCACUUUAUUCUGAAAUUCAACAGGGGUUGAAUUUUACGCCCUGCUCAGGGAUGGCCUUGUUAGCUUGAAAGAAUGAACACGGUGAAGAGAAACAUACAGUACAUAUAUAGCAGCCUUACACUCAACACAAUUUGCACUCUUUGUUUUCUUUUUUUCUUCUUUUCUUUGGCUCUCAUAUUUGAAAAAACUAGCCCCACUGUCAUGUGUAACGCAUACACAAACAUUUGUUUUCUCCCUCGUGUUUGGGGAGGGGUUUCAUAUUUAAUGUGAUUGCUGUGUAUUAAUGGAACAAUCAGAAAGGCCCCGCCACAGAAAACAAAACGCAAAUCUGUUUCUUUUCUGCAAUGUUAAUAUCUAUUGACAUUACACUGGGUUAAAUAUGUACUGCAUGAAAUGGUUGUGUGCAGUGUAAACUGUGUGAAUCUGCACUGUAGAAGGAUUGGGUUAAGAGUUUUCUUUGUAUUUAUGAAGUUAGAGAAACGUUCCAACCACAGAGACAGUCAAGUUUCAAAGCAGCUGUUCAUGCUUGAAAAGGAAGAGAGAAAAAAAAAGAGAAAAAGCUGCCUCAUCAGCCUACAUUUCACUCAAAAUGGACACAAAGGGACUUAAGUUGAAACAAGGUUUAGCCAUCUCUCAAGCACAUCGGAAAAAGUACCAAAGACAAGAAUGAAUGAAAGCUUUUUAUUCAGUCCUGUAAGCCACCUUUCACUGAGGCCUCGAGCUGGUGGUUGGCAGUAUCGCAGGUAGAGCCAGAUGCCGGCUCACUUCCCUCCUCCUGGCUCUACCUUUUGUGGCUUCCCUGGAGGAAACAGCUGCACCCAAAAGAAGCAAUUCACAGCCUGCAGGAGGGGUGCUCGCAUGCCAUUCCCCAGGGAAUCCUUACUCAUCUAGCUCUACCUGUCUUGUCAAAAACCGGUAAAGCUCCGAGCCUGCUAAAUUGCGUAAGGUUGCCCGACUUGUGGGUCAAAUGUAGGCCACCGUGUUAGGCAGGCCUGAGCUGGGCUCUGCUGUGACAUUGCAACAUUGAGUACAGAAGGAAGAAAGCAGCUAUCUGCAGUAAACAGGCAAGAGAGGGCAGGCCCUGAUAACAAAAAAAAAAAAAAAAAGGAGAGGUUUAUCAUGAGCUGAACAGCACAAAAGAGGAGACACCCAGUCGCAGACAACCCCCAUUUCCUUCUCUUUCCCCAACUCCCCUCCUCCCACCAACUGUAGAAACAGCCAGCAGAAAAAUGGCUGUAAUUAGUGGGCUGAUCCAAACUAUAGGAUAAGACUAAAAAGUCUAUGAACAACAGUUCUAGCAGUGUGGGUGGGAUGUAUCCAGCUCCAUCCCGAGCACAGACAGAAACCCCUGCUGCUGAGGAGUCAGAUUUCACAAUUCCAAGGAGGACGUAACAGCUCCAAAAUUCAUAAAUCGGAGGUCUCAAACAGCUGCUUUCAAACUUCUUUCUCACAACGAGGGGGGCUUUUUAAAAACUUGUUGUCAAAACAUCUGAACCAAAACGAACAUAUCAGCAAAAGUCCAGUGCUCACCAGCCUCACGUCGUCCUGCCUGUGAAGCUCAGAUGUCCCGUGAGAAAGCUGACUUGUGUUUCUAGACAGACAUGCCUCAAUAGGUCAGGCGAAAGGCACAGUAAACCUUCCACGGAAACAGGCACGGCUAUCAAAACUGCUGCUGCUGCGCCGCCAGUCUGUGUUAUGCCUACAUUUUCCUUUAAUGCUUCAGCACUACAAUUGGAAAUAUGGUCAGCCUUUUAGCUCUGUCCCGUCAGACCCUUCCAGGCCGCUGUCAUUGCGAAUCGCAUGCGCUAGCUUCAUCGUCCUGCCCCGCAGUCCCGUGCUUGACACUAUGUGCAUGCUAACUUUGCCUUGAAAGCGUGGAUCUUUCUUUCUUUUUUCUUUUUUUUUUGCCUUUGAGGCAGUCUGGCAGGUGGAAGUCCAUGAAUGGCAGACCUUGUCCCCCUCGUUCCUCACAGCAGCCAUCGCUCUUUAAAGUUGUGAUGAAUCAGCUCUGUCACAUUCUCGAGAAAGAAAACAGCCAUUAUUUCGAUCGAAUGCAGUAGUUUUCUCUCGCGACGCCACGUGCAGCAUAAUUUCUCUGCCAGAUGUUUCAAUGGGUUUCCAGACUGCAAGAUGACACUUUGAAUGCCACUGAUCAGCAGCUCUGAGUGACAGAAGAAGCGAGAGGAUUUCACAGAAAAGAAGAAAAAAAAUGCUGAUUUUCACAAACUAAUUCUUGAAAUUGCUGUUGAACGGCUUUUUUGUGUCCAUUUUCCUUUAUGUUUUAGGUUUGACCUGGUUUGCAGAGUAAAUUUCUCUUGCAAAAAGCAAAUAUUUUCUCAGUUGCUCACCCUCAAGUAGGUUUCAGUAAUCAGCUCUUAAUCCAUAAUCUGCACAUUUUCCUCAGGGUUGACAUCUGCCAAGCAGAUAUGACACAGUUUGUGGAUUUUGUUGUAACAUCAGUUACCACACAGAUAAAGUCUGCCAGCCUCCUCUGGUGGUCCUGGGUGCUUAGUGUUCACUGCUGGUCAGUGUCCGACCACACUGGAAACACAGGAAUGCCUCGGCACAGGCUCGGCUCCUGCCUAUUAUGUCGUCAUAAACCUACAGUCCCGCUAUCGAGCACUCUGGAGUGAAAUGUCCCUUUAAACACCUUUGACCCCUUAGUGUCAGUGGACUGUGUAAGGCAAACAGAGCUCCUACCAUCUGAAUUAAAGCGACUGUGACAGUGUAAUCAUCCCAGUAUAUCAAUCCAUCCAGACAGCACCGGUGACAUAAAGGCGUCCACAGGCAGUUUCUCAAAACUUUUUCUUCUCACUGUACCAAAUGUACUUGAAUAAUUCAAAAGAAAAGGCCAUUGAACACAGUUUUGUACAUGUCCAUUUUUUUACUGUACUUGUGUUUGUUGUCAAAUAAUUAUUAACCUCUCUGUAGAAAGAUGUAUAGUCCGUGCUUUUCGGGUUUUUUCCUUUUCGUUUUCCGAGAUUUUGCAUUGUCUUCAGGUCAUUUCAGCUUUUGAAUUUGGCGGUUUUCGCAGAGCAGUUCAAAGCACCGUUGAUGCGGAAAUCUCAAUUUUAGCUCCAUUCAUGGGGUUCAUCCCUUUAAUCAGGAACAACUAAUACUUUGUUGAUGUCAGGAUGCAGGUUAUCGCAGUUAGCCUGUCGUCCAAAAAAAGAAGAAAGAAAAUGAAAGUUUUAGGUUUGUUUGGGGUGAUUAUAAGUAAAGAAACUUAGUGACCUCUGUGUAAGUUGGUUUCAGAUUUCGAGUGGCUAUUUUUCUUUAUUAUUUUCAGAGCUUUCCAUAAGAAUAGAGACCACCGCAUUGUGAGUUAGCAAUGUAGUCUUUCUUUUUUUUUCGUGGUCUUUUGCUUUUUUUUUUUUGUCUCAUGAAAUAUUUAAGGUUGUAUAUUUUUCAAAACUCAUACCUCUUGAAAUACUUUUGUUGUACUUUAAUAUCUUUUCAAAACAUCCAUCAUGUAGCUUGCAUUUUCUUGACGAGUAGCACAAAUAUUUGUUGGUUUCAUUUGUUCCUACUUGAAUGAAAAAGUAAAGACGGAGAGACUUUUUUUUGUAAAAAAAUAAAUAAAGAAACAAAAAAAUAAAUAAAGAAAACACUGGGCUACAUUUUAUAUAAUCAUUCCAUAACGCCAAGUCCUGCACAUAGAUCCUUGUAGAUGCAAAAAAAAUAAAAAUAAAAGUAAUAUUUCAAGGCACUUAAAAGCUAAUUUUCUGUUACAAAAAUCUUAAAACAUCCCUUCUCAGUCUCAUUUUCAACUUUUGCUCGUGUAAUGGGGGUGAUGUCAUCUGUAAAUUACUAGGAAACCUUAUUUUAGCAUUUCUUAAUCCAACUUUAUGAUUGUUAUCCCAGUAAGAAUCGAGAUUUCAACACCCGUGAGAGCAGAAGGACUUGCAGCCUCAACAAGAUACUAACUGUUUACCAGUUAACAUUUUCCUCUUGAUUGUAACAUAUAUAAAAAAGUGAAUUAAGUGUUGCCUAGUGUGUGAACAACUAACAAUUUUAUUUAAGGAGUUCAUAUUAAAGACAUCAGUAUAUCUCACAGAACUCUUCGUCACUGAUCUCGAGCAUGACGCGAUGCAAUUGUGUGCCAAAACUAUAACGAUAACUUCAUAAAGAGGAUACAAAUGUUAAGGGUAAAAAAGAAAAACAAACAAAAAAAUAAAAUAGCUACUAUCAGACAUUAAACAAACAUGUACAGUUUUAUAAAGUGUGACACGUCGUUAUGUAAUGUACAGGAUUUAAUAAAGCAACGCUGCGUAUUUGAUAUGUAGGUGUUCUAAGUUAAAUAUUUCUUUUCCGCUUUAUGUAAACAUUUUGAGUGUUUAGCUUUGUUUUUGUUUGGUUCUUAUUUAAAUGUUUUCCCCUUUUCUUGCUGUUCAGUACUCAAGCAGUGUAUAAUGGCUUAAUGCAGGUAUUUUCUUUGACAAAAUCAGUCUUAAUGAAGACAGACGCCCCAACCAUUCCAAAGGAUUGACGCACUGCAUUUACUAUAAAUGUGCUGCUUGCAUCAACCCAAUGCAUUUUUUUCUUCGGUUAUGACUAGAAGUCUGUCUCGACUGUGAGGUUUUACACGUUGUGAGUUGUGCACAAGGUACGUUUCCUGUUGUCCCAAAUCUAACCCCUUCUUUCUUCUUUUUGGGCUCUUUGUGCUCGGAAAUGUUUAAAAGUUAAGGAUGAAUAAAGUCCGUCUUAGGCUUUUUUUUCUUUUCUUUUCAAGAAGCAGCCAUAAAAGUAUAAAGUGGUUCUUGAUUGUUGUUACCAAAGGCUUUGAAGGAAAAGAUGAAUGUUGCAGUAAUUGUGAAUCCAACACCAUUUGUACUUCUGGGUUCAGUUUUACGUGCUGUAAUUGUCGAUCAGUGGAUGUUGUGCUCGAUAUGGACCUCCUUUCGCUCAAGUAAGCGACUUUAUUUUGUUUUUGUUUUUUUUACAGCGUAAAAUAACUUGAUGAAUCAAAUCCAAUUUAUUCAUAAAAGUAAAAGAUAAUUCAGAAUUUGUGAGUGACAAAAAAGAGUGGUAUGUUAUGAAAAAUUGCAGACCAUAUUUGUUGGUGGUCUAAGCUAAGCUGAUAUUUUUGCCCUUAAAAGAUUAAUCUGUUCUAGGUUAUACAGCUCACAGUGCUGUCAGUGACCUCACCUUGAAUACAAAGAGGGAGCCUCUCACCAGCCUUUUGGUUCUGUUUCCUGUACCUGUUUGUCCUCAGUGUACCUCCUCAGUGUAACGUUGCUCUCUUGAUACCUCUGUGUGUCCCUCUCUGCCCCUCACCAUCAGUUGCCUGUUGUAGUGACUCCAUGGUGCUGCUUCCCCUCUAAGCACCAGUAUAAUCUAUAUUGUAAAUAACUCUCGACUCAGCUAUGGCCAGUACAUUCUUCAAUGACCUCAUUCUAACCUUCAGGUGUCACUUUUUUUUCUCUCACAGCAAACCAAAAUCACUACAUUCGAGUAUUACAGUUGUACAUUUACUUGGAUUCUACACACAUCUAAUGUGCUGGUCUUAGCUGCUCUGCUGUACCUUUUUAUGGCAUUAUUUUUUACAUGUUAGACAAUAUAUUGUGACCAUGUCCUAUGCAAAUAUGAAAAUUAACAGAUUGUUGAAUAAUGUAUGUUGUCAUAACUUGUAUGCAUGAAAUAGUGAAGUUUACAUUUGGAAAUAAAUUCAUAAAAUAAGCAGCCAUAA